ACUAUCAUCCUCUUCUCAUCUCUAUAUAUUCUUUCUUUUAGCCCCCCACUUCUCAUCAAAUUGAGGUCAUCUCAGUUAUACUAACUUGCAAAGAUGGCUUCUAAGUUUCUUCUUCUUAUGCUUUUUAGUGCUCUUGUUUGCACCGCCACUGCUGCUAGGAGGCUUGUGAGCCAGAAGGGUUCUUCUGAGGAUGAGAAAACGUUCUUUUUUGACCCCGGGUAUGAUGGAGGGCUAGGUGGUGGAGGUGGCGGCGGCUUUGGAGGAGGAGGUGGUGGUGGGUUGGAUGGGGGGGCCGGCUUUGGUGGAGGUUCUGGAUUUGGAGCAGGAGGUGGGCUUGGUGGAGGUGGCGGCGCCGGUGGCGGUGGAGGGUUCGGCGGCGGUGGUGGUGGAGGACUAGGUGGUGGGUCUGGGUUCGGUGGUGGGGCUGGAGCUGGUUUUGGAGGUGGGACUGGGGUAGGUGGGGGAGCCGGAGGAGGUGGCGGUGGAGGCUUCGGUGGUGGUGGAGGAGGCGGACUUGGUGGAGGAGCUGGUGGUGGACUUGGAGGUGGAUUUCCUUGAAGGACAACAAAUGUGUGUCCAAUAAAUGCUACCUCGAUCUUCUAGGCUUUAUGUUAAGAAUCUAGACAUGUAUGUGUUAUGUGUUGCUAUCUCUUCAGUAUGAAUUGUUUGUAUGUUAAAGAUCCUUGUCCAAACCUUGAUGAAGACAUUAAUAAGCUCUUUUAAUUAGUGAAAA